GGGGGAGAAGCAGGCUCCCCACUGAGCAAGGAGCCCGAUGAGGGACUCGAUUCCAGGAACCUGGGAUCAUGACCUGAGCCAAAGGCAGACACCCAAUGGACUGAGCCCCAGGUGUCCCCAGCCUUCUGAUUUAAAGGGACUGCUGACAUUCAGGGAUGUGGCCAUCGAAUUCUCCCAGGAGGAGUGGGGAUGCCUGAACCACACUCAGCGGGAAUUGUACAGGGAUGUGAUGUUAGAGAACUACGGACACCUCCUCUUCCUGGGUCUCAUUGUGUCAAAGCCUGAUUUGGUCUCCUUUUUGGAGCAAAAGAAGGACCCUUGGAAUGUGAAGAGAAAGAAGACAGUAGCCUUUCAUCCAGGGCUUGCUCUCUCUAGACUGUGUCUGGUCAACUUUGGAAAAGGAAAGAACCCGGCACAUGAAGAGAAAGACAGUAGCCACACACCCAGAGACUCAAAGUUUCACCAAGGACCUGGCCAGAACCACCAACCUUCUCGGUAAGCAUGUGUGAGUAUCCAGUGGAUGAACUUUUAAUAUAAUUCCACCCUUGGAUCAUGCUAAGGACCCAACUUCCUAGUCCUGAAUUGCAUGACAACAUAAAAAGAUCCACGCAAGUCCAGAUAACAAAUUGACUUUAGGCCUUCCCUACUUAGAAACCUCCUUUAAAUAAUGUGGCUCCUUUCCCUAUACCACUUACUUCUAAAUAUUAUCCCUGACUAUCCCCCUUUGGGGAGGCAAAUUUGAGGCUUGCCAUCUUUUUGUUCGGCUGCCUCUUGGAUAAAUCCUUUCCUAGCUGCAUACUCUGUCUCCGUGAUUGAUUUUGCUGCACAUCAAGCUUAGGAACUCAGGUUCAGUAACAUCCUCCACACUCAUAGUCUGCCAGCAGUCCUGAGGGGCCAAGGUCCCAGCAGGAGACAUUCCCAAAUUCCUGAAAUUCUGAAAGGGCCCGCUACCCAGUAGGAAACAUAGCCAUGCCUCUGGAAUUUAGAAAGGGCCCUAUACACUGUCCAUGGACAAUCCUGCAGGCACAGGGAUGAGGCAGGAGACACCUUCGCACCUAAGGAGAUGUUGAAAGGGCCCUACACUCAGGUACAAGCCCUCCAGUCAUGGUCAGGGACCAGCCCACCUAGGGACCUACCAGGAAACAUCCAUUUGUGCCUCCAGAGUUAGGUCUGAUGACAAUAAACAUGAUUGUAGAAGUUGUAGUAGACCUGAAGCACAGUUCCAAUCCCUAUCUACCUGGGGACCCAUCAAGUGACAAGACAGCAUCCCUCUCAGAAACCAUGUGGGAGCCACAAUUGCCAUGCACCUGGUAAUGGGCUCACUGUUGGAGGACCCAAUUGGGGCCCCAUGUGUAUGCUCACCUUAGUGACACUCUACUGAGGAAGGUAGUGGAGGCAGUCCCACCCACUCAGGGACCAGACAGGAUCCAUACCCAUCCAGGUCCCCGAUAACAUGCCCACCAACCACAGACCCACCAGCAGUCUCAUAACUGGCUCCACCCUAGCAUGACUGUGAUUUUGAAGGUAAUACCAUCAACCCAGAGAACAGAUAGGAAUAUACAGAAAUCCUGGACCUGAGGAAUACAAUGACAGAAGUGAAACAUUCAGAUUGCACAACAGAUUUGAUAAUGUAGAAUAAAGUGUAAGUGAACUUAUUAGCAUCACAGAAGUCCCAGAAGGAGAUAAGCGAGAAAGGAGAACAAUUAAAUAAUAGAACUCUGCCAAAUCUAGGGAGAGAUAUGGGCAUUCAGGUACAGAAUGUUGAAAGGACCCCAACCAAAAUCAACACAAGAUUAUUCUAAGUCAAAGACAGAGAGAAUUAUUAAUGCAGCAAGAAAAAAAACAACUUGCUGUAUUCAAGGGAAUCCCUAUAAGGAUAACAGAUUUCUUUACAGAAACUUUGUAAACAAGGAAGAAGUAGAUAAUAUAUUCAAUGCUGAAAGAAAAAUCUGUCAGCUGAGAAUACUAUAUACAACAAAUCAAGCCUCCAGAGAUGAAAGAUCUAUCCAGAAAAACAAAAGCUAAGAGAGCUCAUCACCACUAGACCUGCCUUAAAAACUGCUGAAGAGAGUUCUUCAGGCUGAAAUAAACUUAACAUCCUUUUAUUUCAGCCUGAAGAACGCUCAAGUGACAUGAAAUAUGAAAGUUAAGUUCAUAAUACCCUGCCACUAUAAUAGUUGUAUGUAGAUCACUUGUUUCGCUACUAUAAAAGUUAUUAAAAAUGACUAUAACUCCAAUAGGGGCACCUGGCUGGCUCAGUCAGAGCAUGACUCAAUCUCAGAACCAUGAGUUCAAGCCCCACAUUGGGCAUAGAGCUUGCUUAAAAAUAAGAAAUGACUCUAACUACAAUGAUUUACUAAUGGCUGCACAAUAUACAAAGAAGUAUGACAUGAACAGUAUAAAACAGGAAAGUAGAAUUAUUGUACUAAAUUGAUAAUUAUCAAUUUAAAGUACCUUUUAUACAUGCAAGAUCUUUUAAGUAUGCCUCAUAGAAACCACAAAUAAGAAACCUAGUGUAGGGUGCCUGGGUGGCUCAGUUGGUUAAGCAACUGCCUUCGGCUCAGGUCAUGAUCCUGGAGUCCCAGGAUCAAGUCC